UUAUAUGCAAAUGAGUGACUCAACAGCGAAAAAUGUAAACAAACUAAGAAACGUGUUCAGCGAAGUUGUUUGUGCGGUUUUCGUUCAGGGCCAAAAUCACGUCAGAAAAGAUCGGAAACUUGUGCGAUUUUGCAACAAUCGUGGAUCAUCUGAAUUUGGAGCAAGAACUGUGAUGAAGACCUGAAUCUUCAUUGAAUUAAGAAGAUGCCUUAACAGUAACAUAGACAAUCCUCCAACAAUGGAUAUGGACCAUGAGGAACAAUUCUGCGUCUUCUUCAGCAACCUAGAGGACCAAUUUCCGCAGUCCAGCCUCGUGACCCUGAUCAUAUCCUUCAUCUUCCAAAUCACGGGGAUCCUGGUGUCGGAACGCGAUGUGGCCCUGCGCCACUCGGAACCCUGCAAGUGCAACACGGCCUGCGUGGACCUGGGCGACCCUGACCUCCAACAGCGAACCGUGGAGGCGGCGCAGAUGAGCAACAGCGCCCCCAAGGGGCUGGUGAAGCGCGGCCGGGUGUUGCGGGUCGGCUAUUUUCAGCCACCAAUGCUACAGGUCAUGCAGAUGCCAUCACCACGCCUUCCUCUGAUGAGGACUGGCAACGCAGCAGCACCAAAACACAAAUCGUCCAAUGGAAUCCCAGUAACUCCACAGCCCUCGCCGCCGAUAUACAGCAGAGAUUUACCCAGGAUGCAUCUGGUAAAGAACCAGAGGUUGGGGAACGAGACGCGGAUCUUGGAGUUCAAGAGGGGCGGCGGGGAGUACAUUCAGAAGUACAUGCGCAGGCACCUGGCCAAAUACAUAUGCGCAUUUUUGAACAGCGAGGGCGGAUCCUUGAUGAUUGGGGUGGACGAUGGAGGAGUUGUCCAGGGUGUAUGCUGUGAUCACAAGACCGAGGAUAACGUCCGCAUCAUGAUAGAUCAGGUGAUCCACCAUUUUGAUCCGCCGGUGCUGCCGCAGAUGUACCGGCUAGACUUUAUUCCAGUCCACGAUCUGUGCAACACAGAGCCAGAGCCAGAGCCGGAUCUGAAGGUCCUUGAGAUCACCGUGAAGGCAGGACGGUCCAACAUCCUGUACGAGACACCAGAAGGUGAGGCGUUCAUCAGACGAGAUGGGAGCGUACAGGGACCACUACGAGCCAAGGAUAUCCAGGAAUGGUGCCACAUGAAAUUUAGCCAGGAGUACCAGGACAAAGAGAACACUUUACGGCUGCAGAUCGACACUUUGGAAGUGAGACUUGGCAAAAUUGAGAGACAGCAGAGCUACCAAGCUUGCAAAGCUCAGGAGUCGGUGGACGGAACAUCCAUUGAUGCGUUGCCGACGGCAACGCUCAUCAGGAAAAACAGUCCGAAAACUGAAGAUUCAACGACGACAUUGGGGCAGUUUGAACACACAAACAGCCUGAAACGAACCAACUCAAGAUUUUGUAUUAUUUUCUAAAUUAUACCAUGUGGUACCAUUGUGCAGCCAAUCAAAAUCUACCUCACUCUCUAACGGAUCUUGCCAUUGGUUAAAUCUAUGCAGCUGAAGUCUAACAAGUGCUUUAAUUGGUAGAUAAAUAUACCUUUGUUACAAAAUUAUUUCAAUACUGUAAGAUAGUCAAAUGAAGAACUCUGCUGAAGUACAUUACAGCCAAUCAAAAUGUACCUCAUUCUCCAACAGUUCUUGCCAUUGGUCUAAAUUAUGCAGCUGUCUGACAAGUGCUUUAAUUGGUUGAUAAAUAUACUUUUGUUAGGGAAUUGUGAAUACUGUAAGAUAAAAAAAAAUCAGCUUUGUGUAAAUCUGCCAUACUGCAACCAAUCAAAUUCUACCACACUUUGUAAGAGAUCUCGCCAUUGGCCGAUUGAUAAAACUCUACCGUAAUAAGUGGUUUCAUUGGUCACAAAUAUAUAAAUUGUUUUUGAUUGUUAUACCUUUUGUAUUCAGAUUUGUCACUUGAUAUUAGUGCAAACGUGUAAAAAUACACGUGAACAAGGUCUCAAAUUUCUAUCCAUUUUGUGAAUAAAUGUCAGAAAAAUGUCCCCCUUAUAAAGGAAUUAUCACAUUUCCCCAUUGAAGUAGAAACCAGCUUUCAAAAUUUAAUUCUGGAAUGUGUAAUAAUUUUCAACAGGCAAUUUUAAAUUGGGAAAAAAAACUGACAUAAUUUUUUCAUGGGUAUCAAGCAUAAUUUACCUGUUAGGUUCAUUUAAAUUCUGUGCCAAAAAAAAUUGCUUGAUAAAAAAGAAAUUUAUUAAGCGAUUGUAAACUAUAAUCCACUGUAUGAAAAAAUAAAAUUUACAAACCCUUUCAGAUUGUCAAAAUGGAUUAUUGAUACAUUUGAAAUGAAAAAUUAACAUUUUGCUCCAAAAUUGCUAAACUUAGUCCGAGGGCUUCCUAAUUUUGUGAAGACAAAUUCUACCCAAGCUGCUGAUUUAAAAUGUCAAUAAUAAAACAGCUGAAUAAACAAAGAUUUGAAAGAACGGAAGUUUUUUUGAUUUGUUAUUCAAACACAAUUUAAUGUACAAUCAUUCAGAUUCCUAUGGGUGCUGUACAAAUCAAUACCUGGGCAUUAAUUAUACAAUUUUUUCUAUUCAAUUAUUACGGUUUGCACUCAUCUUGAGCUUGAAGAAGUACAUAUUGUAAAUGAUACAAUAAAAAGCACAUGUAGCAGCUAUUGGACUUUUCAAAUGCUUGCCUCUUUUCCACAAAAUAUUGUCAUAAAACCAAUAAAAAAUUUUAAUUUUGUUAUAUGGCCGAAUUGAAAAAAAGUACAAUAUAUUUCUAUGAAUUAUAUUUUUCUGGGAAAUAAUGUAGUAUCCAGACGCCACCUCAGCGGUUUUGUACAAAAUCUAUGGGGAGUCAAAAAUAUUUUCAAAGGAUUUUCUAACAAAAUUGGAAAUGUUUCUCAGUCCCAGAUUCGUGUCUUGUCAUCAUUUUGCAAUGACUGAUUUUCAUUGAGAUAUGUAAUGAAAACAUGGCGUCAGGAUGCAACAUUCUGUGUCAAUAAUUAAUUUUGCUGUGGUACAGUUUGAAAAUAAAACAAAUCUUGCAUAGAAUUUAUAAAAAG